GUGACUUCGGUGACCUCUGGUAAAUACACCCUUGUCACGACCCGGUAUAAGGGAUGAAGUUAGGACCCAGCAGUUUGAUGAAAGAUGGGAGGAGUCAACUAUGGGAUUUCCGAGUGGUACAGUCAGUGUAUGAAAUGAGUUACUGAGCCAGCUAUACAUAAUCUCACUAUUGAAAUUCCUUCUAAUAUCACAUAAAUACUAUUCGGCGGCAGUGUACAGAUGCGAACGGAGCGAGUAUGUAGCUUCUCCGAUACAUUUGAAUUAAUUGAUCAUUGCUAACAAGUCCUGUCAGAGUUGAUCAUGCUGAAAAUUAAACUGCCCAUGCGAACGGCGGAGGAAGAAUACCAUACCGUCGAAGAGCAGGAAAAUACCGAUUACAACAGUCUUACUAUUGAUUCGAUUCCGUACCGUGGUGUGAGCCACCGGUUCAAGGAUUCAACGAGGGAAUCGUGUCGCCUGUCGCAAAUUGACAAGGAGACGGUGUUUGAGUGGUUCGGCUUGCACCUCAACCCAGCAAAGCGGAUAGAGUUUAUGUACGGAAUACUUCAUAUGUGUCAACCACUUGAACUUCGCUUUUUCGGAUCCUGCCUUGAGGACCUUGCACGGAAAGAUUUCCACGUCUUCCGAGACUUUGAGAUAAGGGCGAACAGUCAAACUGACUUGGGCCUCCUUAUGGACGUUGCUGACCCUGUCGUUCGUUCCAAACUACUUGUCUGCCUGUCACUUUUGAGAUCUGAAAACAGAGAAUGCGCGGGCACACUUUAUCGUGCUUUGAACCAUAUGGAUCUAGCGCUGUUCUUGAAUACUUAUCAUGGCGUUCCAGUAUCUCCACGUGGGAGCGCUCAGAAUGUACCUGAUCAACAUUCCCCUCGCGAUGGUGGAAUGAGGUCCGGGAGAUUGGAGCAUCCCAGUGGGCCUCCACUGGAGGCAGAGUUGGGUUCCCUGGAGCACUUGGCGCUGCUUUUCACCAUGGCCUCGCUGCACCCGGCGUUCUCUUUUCACCAGAGGGAUACUGCCAGGCACCAGUUGGACAAUGUGGAACGGGCCAUAGAGGAGAGAAGGUAUUGCCACAACCGCCCGAGCGUCCAGCAUACCCUGCGAAAGGAGGACCUCAGCCUCAGGAGCACUGACAUGGGUCAGUCGGCCUGCUGUAUUCCCAAUCAGCUCCCGAACAGGACCUUAUCUCAGAGAGAAGUUCACAUUGACAAGAUUGAGCUAAAGAAGAUCUUUUGGAACCAAGGAAACAGGGAAUACAGUAUUGAGGUCCAGUGGUCUGACUCAACGUGGAGCACAGUGACCAAGACUCACCAUGAGUUGUACGACUUCCUGUCCAAGCUUCCAUGUGAGAGGUCUGCUGAGCCCUUUGAGAAGGGACUAGUGAGGUUACUGGCCCAGAGAGACCAGUAUGAACCCAGGGACCUGGAGAGGAUGCUACAGGACAUGCUUCUGUCAGCCCCAGCAGCCUUCAGGCAGAGAGGAGAGGUCUGCAGGUUCCUUGUCCCCUGCCUCAGCCUCCAGGGAGAUAAUACAGUAACUCUGGGAAAGACCUGCAAGGCAGCCGAGCACUUUAAAGAAGACUGCACAGAGCCAACCAGUCAGGACGAAGACUUAGAGUCUCACCACCUUGGGCAUCAGACGGAGUGCAGCAGCUUAGGCCAGAGCAUACUGAUGACAAAGAGCAGCCGGAGUGAGAGCCAGAGGCCUGCUGUCCACUUAGAGCACAACGGAGUGGUGAAGGGGAGGAGAAAAGCAGACGUUAUGUCCUGUUGGCCAGACCCACAUCAGAAGGUAGAUGAGAAAUGGGCUUUCACUCCAGAACUAAAGAGUAGAAGAAGACCUGAUGAAGUUAGGAAAAGUGAGGGGGCCAAAGCCUACAUCCCCAAUGGCAUCAUCAGACCACCUGCAACAAACGUGACUAGACAGGGUGUCAGUGAGAAACCCAUCCAGGACAAGUAUGGAGACACGUGGUCUGAGGGCUCCAGUACCCCCUCCAGCCCCCAGGAUGAGGCCCGUGAGAGUCUGGAGAGUGAGGACCUUGAAGACAUGGAGGAAGAGAGAGACACUACUGAGAGUUACUCUUCUGUCCAGCAGAAGAGGGCGAGUGGUCACAGCAGGGGGAAAGUUGUGGCUACUGUACACCCUAUGGUCCCUGUACCCCACAAGGAAGAGCCAUCCUACACUGACAGUCCCCGACGUGUACAUCCUCUACCACUGACGCUUCAGAAUGGGCCCACCAUGCCAGACGUUAUGGUCUUUGUCACUUCACAGCCGGGGGACGGUUCACCAGCAGAGGGGGCACUGACUGGGACCACCCCCAUGGUUCCUCAGGAGUCCAUCCCAAGCCAAGCUUCCCUGGGAGACCCUGAGAGACAGAGGCAUGUGUCUGUGUCUGCACCCCUGAACUCACAGCCAGGCACCCCAGGCUCCAGCAGUCACCCCAAACUCCAGUGUUAUAAAAACCCCACUAGCCCAGACAGUAGAAGCACUAACCCCCAGCACCAGCCCCCCAUGGGUGCAAUCAGUGUCAUCCCCCUGACCUCCCACAUGUCCCCCCUGCAGCAAACAUACAUCACCACUGACUUAGCCUCCACUGCCAACCUACCCCUAGCAACCUCUCUCCCUGACCCUAACACCAGGCCUCAAGCCCUGGCUGUACCCACCAGCCUACCCACCCCUAACUACGUGACACCCUCCUCCGGGGCAACUGUGACCCCAGUUGCCAUCAGUCAGGUUCAGUCCACUCUGCUCCCAGCCGUCCCCACUCACACCCCCGGCCCCGUGUCCAGCCAAGCCCUAACCCUCACCCACAGCACGGCCCAGCGAGACGGCACCUCUUCUUGCAGCAGCUCGGGGGAGGCAGCAGGGCAGGCCCAGCAAAAGCUGCAACCCCAGCAGCAGACCCAACCUCCACAGCAACAGCAGAUGAGCUGCAGCACCUGCGGUUGCCGUGGCAGCUGUGGUAGUAGCCACUCCCCCAACCCCAACUUCUACUUCCCUCCCCAGCUUGGGCGCCAGGUCUUCAGCGCCGCUCACCUCCCUCUCUUCCACCUCCCAUCCAUGUGCAGCACUGGAUAUCCCAGCCGCCGCAGUCAGGUCCAACACCAGAGCAACGGCACCACACAGCUACCCUUCUAUCCCCCUCCUCACACAGCCACGCCAACACAAUACGUCAGUGGACCCCUGCUCCAUACCUCCCACUCAGACCACAUGCUGGCCACCCAGGCUGGAUACACCCUGCAGCAGAUGGCAGCUGCUUCCUUCAACCGUUUCUACACACCUGUGUUCUCCUCUGUGGGACUGGGCACGGGCAUGAAGAAGAGUAGUGCCAACGUCUCCUGCUAUAACUGUGGGCUCAGCGGGCACUAUGCCCAGGACUGCAAGCAGCCCUCAAUGGACGCCGGGCAGCAAGGUGGCUUUCGGCUGAAGUAUGCAGCCCCCCACUCCUCUGAAGCAGACAAAACUGACUGACAUGACAGAGAGAGGACCAAGACAAUGCUUUGUUUAUCUCACUACAGUAAAGAUUCCAGAAAUCCAAAGGGUUGAGUUUUUCACUCAUUUGUAAUACCUUCCAAAUGUCCUUUAGGGGUUUGAGAAUCCGCGCAAAUAUCCUAACUAGUUUCUCAGCAAAUUAUAGAAUCCAGAAUUUUCAGAGGGUGGUAUUUUGCACACAAGACUCUAACUUUUAAAGAAAGAAAACCACAUAUUUAAAUGGUGUGGUGGUAAACUUGCAUUCAAUAAGGAUUGAUAGAUUUGGAGAGAAAGAUUGUUCUAUUCUGAUUUUAAUGUGGGUCUUUUUGGAACAUUUAAAUUCUUCCAGAAUCUGCCUUUGGUUCAAGUCGUUAUAUGUUGGGCUAAGUAGCCUAUAUCAACUAAAGCAUGUCAUCACUUCAAGUCUCUGUUCUCCCUGUCAGUUCUUUUAUAUGCUAGCACUUGUAAUGAGAGGGAAGGUAGUGAGUAGUACAGUGCCUUAGUGCCUCACAGAGAAAAGAUGGAGAGAGUUGUAUUGUCGCAUAGAUGUUCAAAAGGAAAAUACAGUUAAACAGCAGCUAGAAGCCAGCAGCCUACCAGUUCAUUGCAUUUUUUUGUAUCCAUUUGAAAUAACAAAAUGUGUGAAUUAUAAAAAAUGGGGGGGUGAAUAUUCAAAAACUUCACAUUAUCUUUUAUUUUUUGGAUUGUCAUAAAGUGGAGGAAAGAUGUAUGGUUUAUGAGAUAAAAUAUUUAUGUAAUUUGUUUUUUUGACAGAAUAUUCUGAAUGUACCAUAAAUACCCUGUAUUUUAAUUUUUUUUUACAAGCUAACGGUAUUCCAUUUAAGGAAAAACUUUGUGCGAAAAAGGAACGUUUCAUUGUCAUUUGUUGCCACUUGAUUUAAUGUGAAGCAUGUAUUAAGUUAAUCAUGUCUGUCAUUCAUGAUGUUAAAGGGAUACUUCGGGAUUUUUAGGCAAUCUACUUCCCCAGAGUCAGAUUAAUUUGUGGAUACCAUUUUUAUGUCUCUGCGUACAGUUUGAAGGAAGCUGCUUACUAACGCUAGUGCAAUUGCUAACUAGCGUUAGAGCAAUGACUUGAAGUCUACGGUAUCUGCUAGCAUGCUCGACUUCCAGUCAUUGCGCUAAUACUAGUUAGCAUUGGUUCAUGAAACCACCUCUUAACAUAACAAUGGUAUCCAGGAGUUCAUCUGACUGGGGAAGUAGAUAAAGAGCCUCAUUGCCAAAAUCCUGAAGUAACGUUAUAACCCUUUAAUGCUGCUGUUUUGUUUGUAACUGUCUCUUGGGGGCAAAAUCGCACUAAUCCUUGCAGGUCUGUGUGGGUGUGUGUGUAUAUCUAUGUUUGGUUCUUUGUGGGUCAUGUCCCAAAUGCUCUCAGGCAAUGAGAGGACUCUUGUGGUUAAUGUAUCCCCUAAAGCCUCUCCUCUAGUAGGUGAUUUACUGAGACCCAAAUCAACCCCCCAUCCCUACCCCCGAGGCACUUGGGUCGAUCCAAAGUCAACCCCUCAGCACUUCAGUAGAUCUGAAAGAAUUGGAUAGAUGUAAUCAAUGGUAAAAUCUUCACUUGAGCUUGCCUUCUGAUAAGAUUGCUGGAAUUCUUGCCAUAUUGCUCUCAUCUAUAUAAUCCUUUCUGAUCUGCACAAGUGCAAAGGUUAGGGGCUAGUGGUCGAUCUUUGGAUUGGGCGACAGAAUCACUGUCCCUUAUCCUACCGCCAUGCAUGUACUGUACCUGUUGAAGAUGUUGAACGUUUGGCUCCUGCCCGUUUGUGUAGGCUUGUGUCAAGCUCUUUGUUGCCAGAACUUUAUGUGCCCUAUUCCUCCUUUCUCAUGCAGCAAUGAGAUUGUAUUAUGCAUGUAGGUGUAUAUUUGUGCACAUCUGUAAGAGGCUAACUACACACACUUACUGUACUCAGAUGAGAACUUCUGUAUUAGAAAAAAAGGUAAAACACUCACUGUUGUUUAAGACAAUCGCCUGUUUGUGACAUUGAAACCCACCUUUCUCCUUCACUGUCUGCUGUUGUGGUGGAUUGUUUUGUGUUUUCCAGCAUACCAACACACAGGCACGCAAUGUGUAAGCUAUCUGAAAUUGACACCCAGGUAAAGUGGAACGUUUUAGAAAUUGGAACGUAUCUGUAAGCUUAUUCAGAAUCAGUUUUUUAAAGUUUUAAACGUUUUGUAUUGGAUUUAAGAGGCCUAGUUGUUGAUUUUUAUUUUGAUUCGUAUCUUUAUUUUGAUGUUUCAAAUUAAAAUUGAAAGAGAAAAAACAUGAA